AGGACGUGAGAAGAGUAUAAAGAAGGAAAAAAUUUUCAUUAGGUAUACCACCCACUAUUAACAUUUUGAACGAUUUCCUGUCUUUUUUCCAUUGUCAUUUGCAUGGUUACAUUUAUUUACAUAUGUAAAUGGGGAUAGUAUGUAUAGUUUUAUGUCCCCCAUCAAAUUUUUAUUAUAAGGUAUCCUGCAUCCAAAAAGUCCAUAAAUAUGCAUGUGCAAAGCUUAAAGAAUAAAAAAAGAUAUGCACUCAAUCAAUCACCAGCUAGGUAAAGAAGAAAUUGUAUUAUCUCCCCCUUUGCAUUCCCCUCUCUUUAUCCCUUAAAGUAGCCAAAUGCAGAAAGAAUCAGUGUUCUUCACCUUGUUCAUCUAUUUUAUCAUUCAAAUUGCAGCAGGAGGGAGAUAUGCCUACUUUAUCCAAUCUGACGCAGACGCUGGAAGAUGUCUUCAAAAGGAUUUUUAUUACUUAUAUGGACAAUUGGCGCAGGAACACAACAGCUGAGCAAGAGGCCCUACAAGCCACACUGGAUGCUGAGAACUUCUACUAUGUCAUCUUGUACCUCCUGGUGAUGAUCGGAAUGUUCUCCUUCAUCAUUGUAGCUAUCCUGGUGAGCACAGUGAAAUCCAAGAGGCGAGAGCACUCCAAUGACCCUUACCACCAGUACAUCGUGGAAGAUUGGCAAGAGAAGUACAAGAGUCAAAUCUUGAAUCUAGGAGAAUCAAAGACCACCAUCCAUGAGAACAUGGGUGCAGCAGGGUUCAAAAUGGGUCCUUGA